GCUGAGGAUUUUGAACCUGAUUAUGAAUAAGAGACCUAUCAUCUUGCCCCAGAAGAAUUAAACAAAGCAACAGUGUUUGUACCAGUUGGUCUCAGAUCCCCUGAACCUGUCUCUGCUCAGAUUGAGGAAACAAUGGAAGAGCUUGAAAUCACCGAGAAUGUUGCAGAUGUUGGGUGCCUCACUGUUGUGGAGCCUCAGCCUCCAAACAUGGAUGUGACUGCUCUGGAAGCAAAGCAAGGAAGGGAUUUAUAUACAUCAUCAUUUGAAAUGGUCUCAAGUGAACAGGCUCAGAGUAUAACAGGUCCCAGUGAUGGAAGCACCGAAGCUGCCAUAACUUUGCUGACAAUGGAAGAUAUAGUCCUGCAGUCAGAGAUCAGUACUGAGCAGGGUGAUGUAGGUGUGUGUGUAUUUCAUUCAGAGGAUGGGAGUCAUAUACCUUUUAGAGAGCUUACCUCACUUGUUACAAGUGCAUCUGCUGCAUCCUUGGAAGACAAGAUUGUGUCAGAGGAACAGAGUAUUAGAGAUGAAGCUGGUUUAAUGGAGGACAUAAAGGAAACGACACCAACCAGAAAUACAGUUUCUCAAGUGACCAGCAGUUUAAGAAUGAGUAGUAGUUUUGCUGAGCCUAAGCCAAAUUUUGAGAUUUCAGAUACCAGCAGGUUUGAUGCUCAUCAAGAAGUCCCCAAUUUUUGUAUAACUAAAGGGGAAGAAGAACAAAAUCGAAGAGAAACUGAGCAAAAUGUUCCCAAAGCAAUAGAAUUGGAAGAUAAAAGACUUGGACCAGUUACAACAGCAAAUAGUACGGAGCAGAACCAAUUGACAAGUGUCUCUGAUGUCAGAGAGACCAGUAUUCCACUAGAAGCAAACCUAACAAAAAGAAAUGAAGAGGAAGAAGAGAGAGCUGAGGUGGCUCAGGUUCUGUCAGUUACCUUAGUUGUUUCUCCUGAGACAGUUCCUCAUACAGUUGGUUCAAGUUGGGGUCUUUGUGAGAAUACCAUGGAAGAGACUGAAAAGUCCUCUACUGGAGAAAGCAUGCUCACAUGUCAUGCACCAGAGUGUGCACCACCUUGUAUUCCAGAAGUCCAACAAGAGAAUGUAACCAAUCCUCAAGAUCUAGCAGUGAAUCUGUUUACAAAUAUCCAUCAAGAUGGAGAUGAUGAACAAACAGUCAUUUUAACUCUGGUGGAAAUCCCAGCCAGUGAAGCAGAAGAAUUUACUGGUGCUUCUAUGCAGUUAAUGCCAAACCCUCUACUACCAGCACCCAUAUUGGUCAAAUUGGGGAGUACUGAAGAAAGAAGUGGCUUGAGUUUGAAUUUACCAGUAACUUCCAUUGUUCAAGAUGCCACUUGUUUAUCUAAUUGUGGAAGAGAUGACUCUGAAAAGCCUCUUGCUAAUUUGGAUCUUAUAUCUAGGAAGCGAUUUCACAAUAGCGGCAGUACCAUAGUUGACUGUAGGGAGCCAACAGCAAAGUUCAUCCUGACUUCUAGCUAUGCUCUCAAGGACAUGCAAGGACAUGGCUUAGUGGAUAUAGGGAACCAACAGGAAAGUCAUCCUGACCUCUGGCUAUGUUAUCUCAAGGAUGUGCAAGGACAGGGCUUACCUGAAGGACAGCACUAA